GCGAUUGUCGCGUCUACACAGGAACGAACCGAUUCGGUUUUUACGGUCGGCGACCUGUCGUGGCGCAAAAGCCGACAAGUCGCGUGGUUGCUGCGGUAAUCCCAAACAGGAUCAAAGGCGAGUACCGUCGCCGCCGCGUUAAGGGAACGAAUAAACGAUCGGCACUGGGCAGCGACGACGGACAUGACGGAUGACAAAUCGACAACGGGGGGGAAAAAAAAUAAAUAAUAAAAAAAAAAUAAUCGUGACGGAGUCGUCGUCGACAACGAACAAUAGCCGAUAAGCGGCGACAGCCGACAAGUGGCGAUCAGACAUCAGCUGCUGCGGUCGGAACGCGCGCGCGGUCUCCGUCAGAACGUUAUCUGCUCGUUUCGCAGUAUGAGUAGAAGAGAGGAAAAAAAAUAACGACGACGGAACAAAACAAAAACAAUGCACCGCUGUCCGCCGCCGCCGCCUGUUACUCAAGGGCGCAUUUGAUAACAAUGCGAAAUCGUCUGCGUUCCUCUUGCACGGUUCCGUCGUCGGCGAAUCACACGGUGCCAGUCGGAAAAUCGUCGUUUGCCGCUGUCCAGAUCAACGACGGUCGACACCGACGGCCGCCAUCGCGAGGCGCAAACUGAAGUGCCUGUUAAAGCCGCCGCACCGGAGACGGACGCGCGCGCGUGUGUUACCGGUCGCCGCCGCCGCAGCGACAACGACAGCAGCAGCAGCAGCAGCAGCAGCAGCAACAACAGACUCGCGGCGGUCGCCAGCUAUUCCGGCGCCACACCCGUCCGACGGUGCGAUUCCCGUUCGCACGGCCCGACCUGACCCGUCCGCGGUGUCGUCCGUCCGGGAUACGCGCGUCCAUUGCCCACGACGUUCGAUUUGCCAGCCGUGCAGGUACCGUUCGCACGGAAUCGUUUGUGGACCGCAUCCAUCUGCUCGACGUCGUCCAUCGGUCCACGAGCCGACAGGGGAACGCACUGCCAAAACACAAGGAAUAUGCCUUCGGUAUGGGAUCCAAAGACCACUGUCAAUGGCCAAAAAAUGAAUCCAAUGUCCAGAUAUCACCAGGUCGCCAAUUGCGUUCACAUGUUUUUCAAUUAUGUCCAAAUUGUAAUCAACCAAUUCAAGGUAAGACUGGGCAGCAAAAUGUUUGUGUGUGUUUGUCUUCAACCCCAACUACAACCAGUGAUUCUUCUUUUGCUAACCAAUCAAAAAAAAGAAACAGAAAAUCUUUGCAAUUACCAGCCACGUGUAAACGUCAGCUGUUUGAUUUAUGUUAUGAACAGCCCGAAAGUACGGUGAGUGUAAGCGAUACCCAAAAGACAACAGUGUCUGAGAGUACAGAAAGUGGUGAAAGUUCAAGUACUUCUAUACAACAGUCACAACAACAUCAACAACAACAACAACAACAACAACAACAACAACAACAGCAACAACAGCAACAACUGGGAGUCAAUCAGAUGUUGAGAGGUCGACAUAUAUGUCAAGUCUGUUUUAAGUCAUUUACAAGUCCAUGUAAAUUGACACAGCAUUCUUAUUCACAUACUGGUGAAAAACCAUUUGUGUGCAAACAUUGUUCAAAAGCAUUUUCAUCAAAAUUUAAAUUAGUUCGUCAUGUAUUAAUACAUUCUGACCAACGUCAAUAUCAUUGUACAAUUUGUGAUCGAACUUUUCACAGAAAAGACCAUUUAAAAAAUCAUGCCAAAGUACAUAAUCCCAUUAAACGGACUUUACAAUGUGAUCGCCCUGGUUGUUCAAAAGAGUACAGUUCAGUGCUUAGUUACCGUAAACACAUAGCUGUACAUUCUGUAGAAGAAGGAUUUCUUGACUGCAAGAUUUGUAAUAAAGUAUUUGAAUCCAAAGAUGAGCUUAUGUACCAUUUGAAAAUACAUUCAGGAUCAAGGGUAAUAAAGACUCCAGCUGAUAAAAAAUAUCGAUGCAAUUUUUGCGAUCGUAGUUUUUACACUGGUAAAGAUGUUCGGCGACAUAUGGUAGUGCAUACUGGUCUGCGAGAUUUCCUUUGUCAAUUUUGUCCACAACGAUUUGGUCGCAAAGAUCAUCUUACUCGGCACAUAAAAAAGAGUCAUAACAUUAAUGCAAGUAAGAAAUCUAAACCCAAAAAACCAACUGAACUGUACAAAAGUAAAUCAGUUGAAGCAAUUUAUCUUGAAACAUGUGGUCAGCCAUAUAAAGUAGAAAGAAAAGUAGCAGAAACAGUAACUAGUGGAGAUUUCAUAAAACAAGAGAAUUCUUCGACAAUGUCGUCAGGAAUAGAAAUGUUUCAUUCUUCUAGUAUAACUAGUUUUAAUUAUAGUGAAAAUAGUAGUGAGACAGUUAUUCAAACUGUUGGAUCAUCCAGUGAAGUAAAUUUACCAGUUAUAAACUAUGAACCUCAAUCGUCAUAUCCAGUCGAUGAACUGAAAGUAUUUGAUACAACCUUGACCAACCAGCUAGCUGACAAUUAUGAAGAAUCAGCCAACCCUGAAAUGCCUGGAUUGUCUCAAUUAAUUACUAUGAUACCAUCUUCAACCCUAACUAAUAUUGAGCCUAAUCUUUCAGUACUAACAAGUCACGAAUCAACUAUUUUGCCUACUCAACAUGUAGUUGAACAUGAGCCGACACAACUUCAAGUUGGUGAAUACCUUACGUCUUCAUCAGAAAUACUGUCCGCUCUUUUACGACAAAAUUCUGAAACGGGUACUACACCAUUGCCAGGGUUCAAUCAGGUUUUUCAUCAACAACAAUAAUAGUUCCACUAAAAAAACAUUAUAUAUAUAUAUAAUUAUGUAUAUAUAUAUAUACAUAUUUUAAUACUUAUCUAGUCAGUCAUCCAUAGUAGUUCAUAUACAUUUACCUU